UCAGCGCCGCCACCAAACAAAUCCACCUCCAAGAAAGCCAUGGCCGCCGCCUCCUCCUCCACCGUCCUUAAUCCGCCUCCAUUACCCGACGGCGAGGGCCACGACCCCGCAAGCUGGAUCCUCCUCGACACCCUGGGCUCCAUCGCUGAAUGCCCCAACGCCAGCUUCGCCCAGAGCUCCACCAGCACCGGCCAACGCAUCGAGGUGUCCUUCUGCACGGCCCGCCCUCCCCAUGUGUCCCACUUCUGCGUCCACUGCCCGGGCCUCGGACCCGCCGAUUUUUCCUUGGCUCCCACGGUCAUCAGCGCCGAGGCCGAUCUCGUCCUCUUCUGCGUGUCCGCCAGCCCCUCCAUCCUGUUUAAUCCGCGUUACUGCGACUACUUCCUCUACAGGGCGCACCCUCGGUGCCCGGUGCUGGAGCUUCUUCCCCACCCGUACCCACACCAAUUCCGCGACAAGGAGGUCGCCCUCCUAAGCCUCGGCGACGACGGGGCCGAGUACGCCAUUGCCAUUCUCACAAGCAGGUGCCUGAAGGUGAGCCUCAAGGAGGAUGGUACGCUCAACGAGACGGAGUUUGAUCUCUGCCUGUACCGCUCCUCCAGAGCCCAGGAGGGGUGGACUUCCAAGGUGGUGUCCGUGGCAGAUCCACUGAGGGACGCGGUGUGCCCCACGGAUUGUGCGCCAUACCAUGAGACAACCAAGGUGAUCACGCUCGGGCGUGGCAUGGUCUGCUGGGUUGACCUCUGGCGUGGCAUCCUCCUCUGCAAUGUGCUCGAGGAAAAUCCCCUUCUCCUUGACAUCCCGCUACCGCUGCCGGCGAGGGGUAACUGGAGACUCUACCACAAAUCCAGCUCGUACAAAUAUCGGGACAUCACCGUCAGCCCGCUCAAGGAUACCAUCAAGUACAUUGAGAUUGAGGUCUGCCCACCAAGAAACCCUCCUGCUGAUGAGUCCUAUAUGGACUGGUUUCACCAAAAGCGCCGUGACAAACGGUGCAAUGCACCUUGUACGGGCUGGAAGGCCAGGACAUGGAGCCUAUCGACCACAACAAUUCCUUCAUGGAAAUGGCGCCUUGACUGCACCCUCGAUGUUGCUGACAUCGAUGUCCAACCAAUCCAUUCUGAGCAGCUACCUAGGACGUGUAGCAUUACCGACAACCUCACCCAAGCAACAUGUCUGCAACGACUCAUCAUUGGUUUCCCCACCUUGAGCAUGGACGAUGAUGUUGUGUACAUGCUUUCUAAGGCCUGCCCCGAGGACCAGAUGGAAGUGGUGAUUGCUAUUGAUAUGAGCAAGAAGACGCUUCAGGGAGUGACUAAGCUUGUUACCGGAAAAGAUUUCACCGAUACACGUAUCUGCACCAGUGAAAUCUCCAAAUAUCUUAGUAAAGAUGAAGUGGCCAGGUAGAGCUUCAGCAAGGUGUUUCUCAGGCAGUGCAGGGACUUGUCCAAUUGGACGUGCAUCUAUACCCUUGGGUCAAAUAACUUCAUUCGACAACCAGAAAACAAUACGGUUGUAAAAAAGCUCAGUAAUUUUUUUUCCAACUAUUGUGAAUAUCUAUUAGACAAUCAGUCAUUGGAUGUUCUUGCCUCAUCCUACAGGUAUACACGCUGGCCAAUUGGCCGUCAUUUUUGCAUACUCCACUUACAUUCUUCAUCGAAAUCUAAUUAAAAAUCUUGGAUUUUGAGUUUGGGUUAGAUAUGAUCAA